AUGAUUCACCACACAGUGGAUGAUGAUCCCACUUCAUCUUAUCUCAGACGUCCUUCCGGUCCCUUCGCAUCGGAACCACCUUCUGGACCGCCCCCCAACCUGCCUACCUCCCGCUCGUCACGGCCUAUUUCUCGGGCUCGAAUCGCAAAGCCACCAGGUGCGGUCACACCCACUGGCCUCGGUGUGCUUACAGAGAAUGUCGCAAACUUAUCCCCAGAGGGUCUCGGAGCGGUCAGCCCUAUCAAAGAAGGGCUGGGCAGUUUAAAUCGCUGGUCCCAGUCAACGGCAUCUAGCAAAAGUCCCUCGGAGUCACAACCGUGGAUGGGGGGCCAUAGCCCCCAACGUGCGCCGGGUUCAAAUGGAUUGCCGAUGCUCGAUCUGCCGGAGCUGGAGAAGUCUACCAUAUUCAACAACGACACACCAUCACAACAACUUGAUCUCUCAUUUGCAGCCUCAAGCCAUCUUUUUCAGCCCUCAACACAUAGCCACCAAACAGAUAUUCCAAUUGCUCGGACCAAUGGGGGGUCAAUUCCCUUCAAUGACGGGGAAGGAGACCCGGCGGCCAUCCAACAUGGACAGACUCAAAAAGUUAUGCUGUCAAAAGCACUUCAGAAAGCAAACACGGCAGUGCUUCUUGACAAUGCUGCCAAUUUUGAGGGUGCCAUGGAAGCUUAUACUGACGCUUGCAACUUGUUGCAGCUUGUCAUGCUCCGUAGCAAUGGGGGAGACGAAGAGAAACUCAAACUUCAAGAAAUUCGAGACACAUAUAUGCUCCGGGUCACGGAACUUCAUCGUAUGGACUUUCCUCUUCAGGAGAGCGACGACAAAGCCCUUCCAGAUCGACCCCUCAGCCAAGAGUCAUAUGGUGAAUUGCUUCAUUCGACAAAUGAUGGAUCCCAUAUUCAAAGUCAGCAGGGCUCACCUCGUUCCAGCUUUGGGUUCCACCAGAUCCCACUAGAAGAGGCAAGGGGAUUUUCCUUAGAAGCUGUUCCCCCUCGACGACAAUCCUUGAAGCCGUCUGCCUUGGAAGAUCCACCCCGAUCUUUAACAUUGCUGGCGGGAAGUCAGGAGGACGCCAAUGAAUCCACUUCAUGGUUGGACACAAUUGAUGAAUCGGGUGCCUCGUCGCCCUCGUCGGCAAACUCCAAGGCGUCAUCGGUGUACCUUCGUCGUAGGACAAGCCGUCGCCUCAGUAAUGACACCGAGGCUGAGUUUGAUGCGGCCCUUGAUGCGGCCGUGGAAGCUGCAUAUGAUGAAGGUCUGGAGUCGGUGCCGGAGCACAAAGAAGAGGAAAGCGAUGCUAUUGUUUCAAAUGCUCGCAGGAACAUACAAUUAGCGAAGCAAAGAGUACGGGAGGCAGAACAGGAAGCAGAAGCAAUGAACCGUGAUCGUGAAACGCGCCGGAUCCAAGAACAGACAGCUUUGAGGGAUGACCCCUUUAUUGCCCGUACUUCGGAAUAUUUAGAUGAUGAAGCAGAGGAAGAGGAGCGUUUGUUAGAAGAGAUGACCAAGGGCUACGUGAUGGACGACUUUGAAUUCGGCAUUCAAUCAAAGUCGGCACUCCCUCGAGAAUCGGAUUCUAGCAACAUCUCUGGGAGGACAUGGGAAAGCUCUGCAACGUCCAAUGUCGCAAGUACUGGGGGUGCGCUGUCUACGCUUGCAGAAGAUGAUGUGUUACCACUAGGCGAUCUAAGGCCCGAACCAUAUGCCAUGCCCUCUUCUCCUCCAUCUUCGGCUUUACCGCCCCUGCCAGCGUCAUCCGACUUCCCGGCUCCUUCAAAGCGGGCUUCGAUAUCAAACCGCGCUGGUUCUAUCGGCUCGCUCGCCUCUAAUACAGGCCUAGGAGUACGAGCCCGGAGACUAUCCAGUCAGACUCGCGAGCUUAAAAUCGAGACCAACACCCGCUCCUCUCGCGCCAAUUCCAAUGCAUCAUCGGCCCUGGAGAAUUUUACAACCCCACUAGCAAACCGCCCGCCGCCGUUGCCGAAAGACGAACCUUCUACCCAUGGGGCCCGCUCCACUUUACACCCGACACAACGUAACCCAUCGGUGGGCUCUUUCACGGACCACACCAGUCUCUCCAAAUCCCGUACCCAUGAAGAUAAUGAGAAUGAACUGCCGUCCCUGCCGCUAUCAGCCCGGCCGAUGGGCAAAGUACCCUCGGCUCCAGAUGGAUUGAACAAACUUCACUCCAAUACAAAGCCUUUCCGAGCUCGGAACGCGUCUGUUCCGAUUCAGAUUCCUGACAUGUGCCCAGAAUCUCCAAGCACUCCAUGGAGCGGUGCGUUCCCGGACACUCAAAGGGGCACGACUAGUGGCGUUCCUGUUUUACCUACACCGACCUUGACCAACUUCAACUUCAAUCAAAACGGACUGCCAAGCGGCGGAUUAAAUCUCUUUGGUAGCAACAUACACUCAUCCACGGCUCUUGGCCGUCCAAACUCGUUGGUAGCCAAUGCCCCGCUUCCUCUAGAACCAUGUCCAGAGUCUUUCCUUCUCCGCCCAUUUUGGCUCAUGCGAUGCCUCUACCAGACACUCGCACAUCCUCAGGGUGGCUAUCUGUCCGAGAAGCUCUUUAUUCCUCGAGAUGUCUGGCGCGUGAAAAAUGUCAAACUGAAGGCUCUCGAAGAGAAAGUGUCCAACUGCGAUCUUCUCACCGCCGCUCUGCUCAAAUUGGCUCAGGUCGAUACAUAUGAUGCAGAUGCGGUCCUGGAGGAGAUGCAGUCGUUUGAUACUGUACUCGACCAAGUUCAGGUUCUCUUGACUAAGAAAUUGGGUAAUGAUGUUGGCGUCCAAGCAUCGAUGUCAUUGUUCAAGCCGGCUUCCACGCCGGACGAGCCUGUUCAACCGGAAGUUGCGCCGAAUAAGUCAUACUUGACAUGGAAAAGACUACGCGCAAAAACUUCCGGGCUUGGGACCACCACUGCGAUCCCGAGUUCUCGAGACAGUAAUAAGGACAACCUGGUCAUCAACUCCGUUCCGAUGACAUCUGUACAUGGAACACCUGCAAAGCGCAAUGUUACCCAGCUUGAAUUCUCUGGGCCUAACGCAAAUUACAUGGGGGCAUUGGCGCGGCUUUUCGAUGCUGCCCAGGUGCUAGAACAAAUUGCUCAGCAGGUUGAGGAUCCUGGACUCAAACAUUCGUCUAAAACCCACGUUGGUCUGGAACUCAGUACACGACAUGCUGCUGAAUUCUUCGGCUUUUACAUUUGUCGGUUCGCACUGGCCGAUGUGGGCUUGAUGCUCGACAAGUUCAUUAAGCGAGGUAGCGAGUGGGUGUUGGUUUAG